AUGGCGAGAGUAUUCAAGCUGCUUCAAUUGGCGGUAUUCUGCUGUCUAGGGUGGCAUGCAGACGUCCGCAACGGCACGACGCUGGAACUGCGCGAGGGUGACGAGCUACCGUACAUGAAGGGGCAGAAGGAGGAAAUGAGGAGUUCACAAACAGGCUAUUCUCACCCACGGCUGCUUGAGUACAUCGUUCCACCAGAUCUUUUCAAAGGAGCCUUUCGGCGGUUCCAAGUGACUCCGACGCGUGGCGAGAAAAUACGAAUCGUUGAUGAAUCAGGCAAGAUGCGAUUGGAGCCAUCUGCAUCACUUGGGGACAACACACUGACGACGGUGUUUCCUGUCGAAGGCCGACUGUGCAACCUCGAGAAGAACGUUAGCUUGCAAUCACUGUUUGAACGGUACACACAGAACAAGACAAGAAGGUUUUGGCGGGAGAAAGUCGAGCGACGUCACACUGUUUUUGAGCUUUCCUUACCUGUCUUUGACCCUAGAAAGUGUCCUCCUCGGCUUCAUGAGCCAGCGAUUGAAUUUUGUGCCCUCUUGACCGCUGGGUCUCCCUCCGUAUUGGAACAGGCAAAACGGCUGGGCUUUGCUGCGACAGCUCUGCCAGACAGCCUCUUAGUACGGGUCACUUGGAAUGCAGUCUAA